AAAAUGUAUCGAUGAAUAAAAAGAUGCAGAGGUGAGCUAGUAGCAACUAACUUCACGACUUUCCUUUCUUUUUUAGUAGUUGUGGGGAAUAGAAGUGCUCUUCGGAGGUCUAUUCCAAGUAUUCAAAAUGGGUGCAUAUCGUUAUAUGCAGGAACUGUAUAGAAAGAAACAAAGCGAUGUGUUAAGGUAUUUGCUUCGUAUCCGAGUUUGGCAGUAUCGUCAAUUGACUAAGCUUCACUCCUCCCCCCGACCAACCAGACCAGAUAAGGCUAGACGCCUUGGUUAUCGCGCUAAGCAAGGAUAUGUUAUUUAUAGAAUAAGAGUUCGUCGUGGAGGUCGCAAACGUCCGGUACCUAAAGGAUGCACAUAUGGCAAACCUAAAAGUCAUGGUGUUAACGAGUUGAAGCCUUAUCGCGGCUUGCAGUCAAUUGCGGAAGAACGUGUGGGUCGUCGUUUAGGUGGAUUAAGAGUGCUGAACUCUUAUUGGGUAGCUCAAGAUGCAUCUUACAAAUAUUUUGAAGUUAUACUAAUUGAUACCCAUCAUAGUGCUAUUCGUCAUGAUGCCAAGAUAAAUUGGAUUUGCAAACAUGUUCACAAACACCGCGAAUUGCGAGGUCUUACUUCAGCCGGAAAGAGCUCACGUGGUAUUGGAAAGGGUUACAGAUACUCCCAAACUAUUGGUGGAUCCCGUCGUGCAGCCUGGAAACGUAAGAAUCGUCUUGAUUUGCACAGAAAACGCUAAAUGUAUUUAUUUAAUUAUUUAAUAAAUACAGAAAUCCAAAGA